GUAACUUUAUCUUUCAGUACCAAGAUAAAGAAGAAGUUGUUUUAUGGAUGAAUACAGUAGGACCUUACCACAAUCGCCAAGAGACAUACAAAUACUUCUCUCUUCCUUUUUGUGUGGGAUCAAAAAAGAGUAUCAGCCAUUACCAUGAAACCCUAGGAGAAGCGCUUCAAGGAGUUGAAUUGGAAUUUAGUGGUCUUGACAUUAAAUUUAAAGAGGACGUGAUGCAGACCACCUACUGUGAAAUAGACUUGGACAAAGGAAGAAGGGACGCGUUCGUGUACGCUAUCAAAAAUCACUACUGGUACCAGAUGUACAUUGAUGACUUGCCGAUAUGGGGUAUUGUUGGAGAAGCAGAUGAAAAUGGGGAAGAUUAUUAUCUUUGGACUUACAAAAAACUUGAAAUUGGUUACAAUGGAAACAGAAUCGUGGAUGUGAAUCUGACCAGUGAAGGAAAGGUGAAAUUGGUACCAAAUACAAAAAUCCAGAUGUCAUAUUCGGUGAAAUGGAAAAAGUCAGAUGUGAAGUUUGAAGACCGAUUUGACAAGUACCUUGACCCAUCAUUCUUUCAACAUAGAAUUCACUGGUUUUCAAUUUUCAAUUCUUUCAUGAUGGUGAUCUUUCUGGUUGGCCUAGUGUCUAUGAUAUUAAUGAGAACUUUGCGAAAAGAUUAUGCAAGAUACAGUAAAGAGGAAGAAAUGGAUGAUAUGGACAGAGAUCUAGGUGAUGAGUACGGGUGGAAGCAGGUCCAUGGAGAUGUUUUUAGACCAUCCAGUCAUCCUUUAAUAUUUUCAUCGCUUAUUGGUUCUGGUUGUCAAAUUUUUGCUGUGUCUCUCAUAGUCAUUGUUGUUGCGAUGAUAGAGGAUUUAUACACAGAGAGAGGAUCAAUGCUUAGUACAGCUAUAUUUGUUUAUGCUGCAACAUCCCCAGUGAAUGGAUAUUUUGGAGGAAGCCUUUACGCUAGACAAGGAGGGAGGCGGUGGAUAAAGCAGAUGUUCAUUGGGGCUUUCCUUAUCCCCGCAAUGGUGUGUGGCACUGCCUUCUUCAUUAACUUCAUUGCCAUCUAUUAUCAUGCCUCAAGAGCUAUACCCUUUGGAACAAUGGUGGCAGUGUGUUGUAUUUGCUUCUUUGUUAUUCUUCCAUUGAACCUGGUUGGCACAAUUCUUGGCCGGAAUCUGUCGGGACAGCCUAAUUUUCCCUGUCGUGUUAAUGCAGUUCCUCGUCCCAUACCAGAGAAAAAGUGGUUCAUGGAACCAGCUGUUAUUGUUUGCCUAGGUGGAAUCCUCCCUUUUGGGUCAAUUUUUAUUGAAAUGUAUUUCAUUUUUACUUCCUUCUGGGCUUACAAGAUCUACUAUGUUUAUGGCUUUAUGAUGUUGGUUCUAGUUAUCCUCUGCAUCGUGACAGUUUGUGUGACUAUCGUUUGUACAUAUUUCCUGCUAAAUGCAGAGGAUUACAGGUGGCAAUGGACAAGCUUUCUGUCUGCUGCGUCAACUGCGAUAUAUGUUUACAUGUACUCCUUUUACUACUACUUUUUCAAGACAAAGAUGUAUGGCUUGUUUCAAACAUCAUUUUACUUUGGUUAUAUGGCAGUAUUUAGCACAGCUUUGGGGAUUAUGUGUGGAGCUAUUGGUUACAUGGGAACAAGUGCCUUUGUUCGUAAAAUCUACACUAAUGUGAAAAUUGACUAAGGAAAUACGAAAAUUGAACUAUGGAUCAGUUUGUGUUUUCAUGGGGAUGAACUUGCACAGCAAAAAGCGCGAGAAGAGAUUUGGGUUUUAACACUGGGCACUCUAUGGGUCUCCGUUUUGUGGAUGGCUUAAAGUAACAUCUAUUUCAUUGAUCCUAGGUUCUUACUGACUGCUUUCUCCAACUGUUCACAGCAAAUGCUUGGAUUAUAUGCAGUAGGCAUUACUACAGUACGUGGCUAAUCUUCUUCCCAAAAAAAAAGAAAAAAGAAAAAAAAAAAAACUAGCUCAUUAAAGAUGAAUAGACUAGCUCUCUUCAGUGAAGAGGACAAACGGUUUAUUUAAAGCAUUUGUUCCAUUCAAUAAAAAGAGGGAAACGUGGCUGCUAAAACUACUUGAUUAGUAGUCUUCCUGGUACUUAACAUUUCUAAAUUAUGUAAAAAUGCUGUUCCAGAAAGAUUACUUUUCUGAUUUUUACUGCCAUCGUCAGGAUAAGGAGGUAUGUUUUAUAUUUUGAAACCAGGUGCUUUUUGGUUUAUUUGCAAUAUCAACUAUACCCUACACUCAUUUGUUUAAAAAAGUAACUUAAAAUAUAUAAAAAAACCCGUAUGCAUGUAAUAUAUCAGCUAUCAUUCUAGUUGGACCAACUUCCCUUUAUUUAUCUUUAAAAUAAUCCAGUUACAUCUUAAAUCCAUCCAAAGAAAAUACAGUCUAAAAAUGGGAUGUGUUCUCUGCAAUGCAAUUUACUGUACAGUUAGAAAGCAAAUAUUAAAUGAAGAGGAUUUUGUUUUUAAUAAACAUUGAGGACUAGAUUAAAACAAAACCAACAUUUUAACUGAAUGUCUAAAGUGAUUCUCCUUUUUUCCAAGUUAGUCUUUUUUUUUUUUUUUGGUUUGGGUUUGAAUAUUUUGCUUUAGACAUUAUACAGGGGUAAUAAAUGUAUAUAACAUUAAAUAAUGUAACUUAGGUGUAGAUCCCAAAUGUAUUUGGAUGUACAGAUUUACUACAGAGUACUUUUCUGAUGAUUCGGUGUACAAAUGUGUGAAUUGGGUGGCUUUUUACAUCUUGCCUGCCAUUGCAUGAAAAGUUGGGGUUUCUUCACAAUGUGUGUAUGUCAUGCUCUUCUGUUCUAUUUCUUUUCUGAAGCUCUUACAGGAAUUAAAUUUGUAAUUUAGAACAUUUUAAUUUUGUUAAUCUCAUCUGGACACUUGUAUAACAUCAAAAGCAGUUGCUUCCGAGUGUUCAGAAAUCUAAAAUAAACUUUUC